AUGCAGAGCCGAGCGGAGCUGUACGGAGGCGGCUCGGGACAGGAACAAGCGCUGUCCCAGGAGACGAGCGCAGCAGCACGGGACCCUACCAACCGGAAGAAGCGGGGAUACGGGAAAAGCACACACUGUGCAAGCUUCUGGGACCGCCAAACCGUGACAGAGGUGGAAGAGCCCGUCGUGAUGGCCGAUGGCCAAGACUUUAAACCUGGCACAGCGACAGUCUGCGUUCAAGCCCGACCCCCGCCGGACACGACUGGCUCCCGGCCGUCGCCAAGAACCGGGUCCGCCCGCACCGGGUGGGAAGCUCCGGACGGCGCCUCGAGCAGGACGGCGCGUCCUGAGGGGUCGCUCCGCUCCCUUUUCGCCCGAAGCAAGCGGACGCUCGGACACAGGCACCGAGCCUUUACUAAAACGCCGAGCGUGGUUCCGCUGACGACGCGCCCACGACCAGCGCGUCCCGACGCUGACCCACCGGCCCCAACGAGCACCGGCGGCCUCCCCGCGGCCUCGCCGUCCGGCCGGACCCCCGCUCAGACCGUGAGGGGAGCCUCGGUGUCCCGGCCGGGCCUCCACUUCUGUCUACGGCCUCGCUGCGACACGAGCGACCGGCCGGUAAGGCGAAGCACGCAAGGCCGCAGCCCCGCCCGCGGCGCACGGAGAGCGGGGCCGACGGGCCAGCGCGGGUGCCGCCAAGGCCGCCGACAGCCUGUGGCAGGGACGGGGGAAAGCGAGGCUCUCGGGCCGUUACCCUCCGUUGAAAGCGUAGGGCGAGAAGCGCAGCUGCACGGGGCCCGCGGUGCUGUGGGGCUCCAUCGCCGGGUCUCGGCCGGGUCCCCAGCACCCUACGGCGGUCGACAGCAUCGCACGGCGUGGGCGGCUCCGGGGCUCCGGCGGUGGCUUCCGCGGCGGCGGCUGCUGUCUCACGGCGAGAUGGCGCCUGGCCGGAAGCCCCGUCACUUCCGGCUCCGGCGGCUCCCGCGGUCUCACGUCAAGAGGGCGCCCGGCCGGAAGUCUCGUCACUUCCGGCUCCGGCGGCGCUCCUUCCGGCCGCUCUAUCUCGCGGCUGUCGUUGCUCCUGUGGAGAGCCAGGCGCCCCCUAUUCCGAGGAGGCCGCCAGAUUUCUUUUUUUCCCUAAGAAAGGUUUCCUUUCCCAAGAAAACAUUGGAAUUCACGCCUGAUGGACAAAAAUUUCAAAGUCUGACCAUACAAGAAAAUUGGCUGAACUGUGGAAGCUCGACUACUCUGUGGGCGUUGCCCGGCCCAGCUGCAGAAGCAAGCGGUCCCGGCGCGGGCUGGAGCCUCGGCAGAGCACGGGCGCGGGAGGGUGGGGGCGGCCCGGCUCCCGCGGCUCGGAGCGGCCGGGGUGUGUCCCCGCCCCGAAAGCCGGCUGACAGCCGGGCGGGAGGGAGUCUUCCGCGCUUGCGCAGCGGGACGCGCGUCCCGUUUCGGCGCGCCGCGAGGCCGGGCUGUGGGGGCGGGGCCGGGGGCGGGGCUCGGAACCCGGACUCCCCGAGAGUCCGCGCGCGGGCCUGUGCGCUGCCCUCUGCGGUGUCCCCCUGCGCGACCGUGGACCGGCCCUUGAAGACGCGGGCGAGCAGGCGGUUGGCUCGUGCGGGACGGCUCCGCGGACAUGCGCGCAGCCCGGGGCCGCGGAAGGGUUUCGGGGAGUUUCCGGGGGAGUUUCGCAGGUUUCUCGGUGAGCGGUCGUUCCGGACGGAAGAUUUAGCGGGUUCUGUGCGGGACGCGGCGCGCACUCUUCCCCGGGGGGAGCUCCCGGCCCGCUGGCGUGCGGGGCUCACACGGGGUCUGCGCGUGUUGGUCCGCGUUCCGCGGGGGCAGCCGGCGCCGCAGAGAACGGGAGGAGGAGAACGGCGGGUGCGCGGGAUGCCCUGGCCCGCGGGCGACAAGCGCCGGAGUCCGCGUGAGGACCGUCUGGGCACCGCGCGUUCGGUUUUAGAGCGAGCGGGGCGCCUCACGUCCGGAAGCAGGAGCCGGAGCCCUGCAGCGCGAUGCCGUGGGAGCCGGCGGCGUCGAGUCUGCGCGAACCAGGACCUGUCGGGACCGCGGCCCAGUCCUUACCGAUGAGCGACCCCGAACUCCCAGAGUCCGCGGGCCGGCGGAAACCUUGCAGCUGGCGCUGGGACGGGAGCCUGCCUUCUCCCCGGUGGCGGGGAGUGAGUCUCUUACUUCUUUCCGGUCAAAGCGCAUCCCUUUGCCGCCUUUUCUUCUUUUUUUUCUUUCCAGCGAGGCUCCGCACCGGAUGUGGGGCUUGAAUGCGCAACCCUGAGACUGAAAGCUGUGCGCGCUACGCUGCAGAGCCCGCCGAGGGCUCCUGGGUCCUGGCUGUCCAAGCCGGGGGCGGCCAGACCUGGGGUUUGGUAACGAUUUGCUGAGCCAGCCGGGAGCCGAUGCCCCUGUGGCGUCCAGAUUCCCCCGGGGAGUCCCAGGGCGGAGCAGCUUGGCCUUGGCGGUGUGCCAGGGCUUCCUUGGUAGUUGCCUGGGCUAGGAACCUGGAGGACCGCAGGGAGCUGCUCAGGCUCGCUGGUCUCGGGCAGGGUGUCUGAGGGAUCUGCCCCACAGCCGAGGACACUAUUUCUGUCUCAGGCAGACUCCUUGCUGAUUCCCCAGUGACACUAGCCGCCAGGUUCGUUUUUUGUUUUGAGUGGAAAGGAAGGAGCACGUGAGGAAGCGGACAGACUGCUGGACCAGGUAAGUCCAUUGGAAUGCGUGCCCAUGCGAGCUUCUCCGCUGGGAAGCAUUGUCCAUGCUUUCUCCCUUUGGAAAGGCAUGGCUUUCGGGAGAAACUAAAAGGGACUUGAAUAACAGUCAAUUUAUUAGGAAUUUGGAACAGAUCUGCGUUGGUGUGGGUUGGGGGAUGGUUGCGUUGUGUUAUGUCAACUUUGUGUAUAAUGGGAAAUUCCAUCUCUAUCCCACUAAAGAGCCCCCUGGGCUGAAUUCUGAGUAAGCGAAAGGAAUAUAGCCAGGAAACUAGGACUAUGAAAAAGAUGACCUUUGACUGUAACACAGUUUGGCCAGUGUACCAGUUAGAGAUGUAAGGUGACCACUAAAUGGCCACUUUGGAUUCCUUCCUCCCAUUCAGGUGCCUCCCAAUAAGGGAUCUUGGUUUGGUUCAGUCGGUGAAACUCCAACUUUGGGGAGGAACCAGAAACGAAGCAUUCAGUUUAAUUGGUGAAGCCAACUUCUAGAGAGGGACCAAUGCUGGCAGGGACUCUGGGCUUCAUUUAGUCAUAGUCCUGUUCUGUGUUCUUUCUGAACUUUUGCCCAGGAAGAUGGGGAAUAUUACUUCUGUUCCCAAAGAAGGUCCACGAAGUUGUGUGUGUAUAUAUAUAUAUAUAUAUAUAUAUAUAUAUAUAAUUAUUAUUUCUUAAAG